AUGUCCCAGCCGAUGCUCGCCGAUUGUCGACCUCAACAAACAAAAGCAACUGUUGACUUUUUGAAGCGGUUUACCGACCAAGAAACACAACGUCGGAUCGCGAACCAGCCGAAGCCGUUCUCGGCUGAGGAGCACGCCGACCUACGCAAGCAGCUCAAGAACGUCAACUUCAUCAAGCCGAGAUAUGCAGACGAAACCGAGAUCAAUAUCGCGGUCGUAUGCAGGAAAUGGAAACGUUACUGUCAAGAGCAGAACCUCGGUGAAUGGCAAGCGGCCUUGGAAAACGUAAGUCGCGAGACAAUGAUGAGCUUCUUUCUCCGGAUCAGCGAGUGGUCGAUAGGGAAAAUCAAAUCCUGGGGUACGACGCAGGUAUACAUCCGGCAGUUUCAGCAGCUUUACACCACCGUCGCCGGUCGCUACAUGGACAGGAAUGAUGCGAAAGAGCUGUAUAAGGUAUCUACUGAUUGCGGUAGCCGACAGUUCUACAAUCAUGCUGACAUGGGCUGGGCUAGUUCCACCGCACGAUCCUGA